AUGUGUGAGUCUGGUGUCUGUGGCGAGGAGCCAGGGUCCCGCAGCACUUCGGCUGGGAUGAUGGCGCUUUGCCUUCUCCUCUGCCUCUCCUCUGCCAUCCUUCCAUCAGUCCACAGCGCCCGCCUGCCCUCGGCACAGCCCACAGACUGGCAGUCGAGUGAGACAGAGACCGAACUAGAGACAGAGGGGUUCCUGGAGGACUAUGUGGUGGCAUUAGGGGACUCAUUGGAUCUUCCCUGCAACGCACACAACAUCCUUCUUCCUGUCGUGUGGCUGAAAGGAGGCGAAGUCGUGUUACCUGGCAACCGCACACGGCCAGGUCACAAAGCUCUACACAUCAACAACAUCUCAUACGAGGACUCGGGCAUGUACUCGUGCAGAUACGAACACAGCAACACUCUACUCAGCAACUACACCAUCAGGGUCACUGAUUCCCUCUCGUCCGGUGAUGAUGAAGACUAUGAUGAGGAGCCUGAUGAUGCAGGUAAUGACGAUGUACCGCCGUACUGGAUCCGCCAGGAUCAGAUGGAUAAGAAGCUCUUGGCCGUUCCCGCUGCCAACACGGUGAAGUUCCGCUGUGCCGCAGGGGGCAACCCCACCCCCACCAUCCACUGGCUGAAGAAUGGCAAAGAGUUUAAGGGCGAGCAGAGGAUGGGCGGGAUUAAGUUAAGGCAUCUGCAGUGGAGUUUGGUGAUGGAGAGUGCCGUUCCAUCAGACAAAGGGAACUACACCUGCGUAGUGCAGAACAAAUACGGCACCAUCUCCCACACUUACCAACUCGAUGUACUGGAACGCUCCCCUCAUCGGCCAAUCCUGCAGGCAGGUCUGCCGGCCAACCAGACAGUGGUGGUGGGCAGUGAUGUGGAGUUUCACUGUAAAGUGUACAGCGAUGCACAACCUCAUAUCCAGUGGCUCAAACACAUCGAGGUGAACGGCAGCAGAUACGGGCCCAACGAAACUCCCUAUGUCACCGUGCUCAAGACUGCUGGCAUUAAUACUACGGAUAAGGAGCUGGAGGUUCUCUUACUGACCAAUGUGUCCUUUGAGGAUGCGGGCGAGUACACCUGUCUUGCGGGAAACUCUAUUGGCAUUGCCCAUCACUCUGCCUGGCUUACGGUUCUACCAGACGUGGAAUUAGAAAAGAAAGACGAUUAUGCUGAUUUUCUGAUCUACGGAACGGGCUGUGUGCUCUUCAUCUUAACUGUGAUCAUCAUCGUCCUGUGUCUCAUGCGGAUGAACACGCAGAAGACCUUGCCCACACCUCCUGUACAAAAGCUCUCCAAAUUCCCCCUCAAAAGACAGCAGGUGUCCUUGGACUCCAAUUCUUCCAUGAAUUCUAAUACGCCACUGGUAAGGAUCGCCCGCUUAUCAUCAAGCGACGGUCCCAUGCUGCCCAACGUCUUGGAGCUAGAACUGCCCUCAGACCCUAAAUGGGAGUUUCCCCGCUCAAGGCUAACCCUGGGGAAAGCUCUUGGUGAAGGCUGCUUUGGACAGGUGGUGAUGGCUGAGGCUAUCGGAGUCGAUAAAGAGAAACCCAACAAGCCUGUUACUGUUGCAGUAAAGAUGCUAAAAGAUGAUGGUACAGAUAAGGACCUUUCAGACCUGGUGUCUGAAAUGGAGAUGAUGAAGAUGAUUGGCAAACACAAGAACAUCAUUAACCUGCUUGGCGCAUGCACACAGGAUGGUCCUCUCUACGUUCUGGUUGAGUACGCCUCUAAAGGGAACUUGAGGGAGUAUCUGCGAGCACGGCGGCCUCCUGGCAUGGACUACUCGUUCGACACCUGCAAAAUUCCAGAUGAGACUCUCACCUUUAAAGACCUGGUUUCUUGUGCAUACCAGGUUGCCAGAGGCAUGGAGUACCUGGCAUCCCAAAAGUGUAUCCACAGAGACCUGGCAGCUAGAAAUGUGCUGGUUACAGAGGAUAAUGUGAUGAAGAUUGCUGACUUUGGUCUGGCUAGAGACGUUCAUAAUAUAGACUACUACAAAAAGACCACCAAUGGUCGUUUGCCCGUUAAAUGGAUGGCACCGGAGGCUCUGUUCGACCGAGUCUACACGCACCAGAGCGAUGUCUGGUCAUAUGGGGUGUUGUUAUGGGAGAUCUUCACUCUAGGUGGUUCGCCGUACCCUGGCAUCCCAGUGGAGGAGCUCUUUAAGCUUCUCAAGGAAGGCCAUCGAAUGGACAAGCCUGCUAACUGCACUCAUGAACUGUAUAUGAUCAUGCGUGAGUGCUGGCAUGCUGUUCCGUCUCAAAGACCCACAUUCAGACAACUGGUGGAGGAUCACGACCGUGUGCUCUCCAUGACUUCGACUGAUGAGUAUCUGGAUCUCUCCGUACCGUUUGAGCAGUACUCGCCCACCUGUCCAGACUCGAACAGCACCUGCUCAUCUGGAGACGACUCUGUGUUUGCUCAUGACCCCCUGCCCGAUGAGCCGUGCCUCCCUAAACACCACCACAGCAACGGCGUGAUACGGACGUAGACGGUGUAAACGCUACAACAGCGGCAUCAUAGACAGCUUAAGCACUGCUGCCACCAUCAUACGGGUGUACACAGCAUAAACAUCAUGAGAGUGCCAUACAGACAUCAAGACCCUAAAUGCCAUUCUGAGAACGUAAGACACCCUAAAGAGAAAGAGGGCUCAGAGGUUUACCGUGGCUGCCGUAACUCCGCUCCUCUUCCUGCUGCCCUUUCUCUGCUCGCUCGAUGUCAUUCUGCUUUUUUAAUCAUUUUACAAACAAAAGAAUUUCUAUUUUUCUACUCGGCCAGUUUAAUUUUUCUGUCCUCUCUUCAGAGGGCAACCAUUCCGUGCCUACUGUACGGGUGCAGAGACAGUGCAACAGGACACAAAGGAAAAAAGGAGGGGUUCUCUUAAAAGUAUUUGUCGCAAUAUCAAACAAACCGUUGCUUUUAAACUCAUGGCCAGUUUCAUUUUAUAACUCCAUUACAUUUUUUAUUCACAAGAACUGUUGACGUGCCAGUUUUAAGAAGAAAACAAUCCCAGAUGUGAGCUCAUAUUUGAGGAUAUGCAGUAUAAUU